GUCUGAGUCGCCAUGGCUGUAUUCCAAGCUAAGGGAAUCUAACGUGAACAAAUAAUAGACUUACUUCGAAUUUCUGUCUUCGUAUCCUAAAGUUAUCCGUAGUCAUCGUCGCGUGGUAAGAAGGCGAAGAGUGGGAGAUAUUUAAACGACGAUAUUCCGACGAAAUUUUAGCAGUCUCGUGUAAAACACCUCGAGGUCAACGUGAAUUUCUGUGUGUCCUACGAAUCUCUGUACAAAUCUGGCAAAAUGUCUCUGGACGAAAGAUUCAACAAAGCAGCAGAGGAAGCUAAGGAGCUGAAAUCUCAACCUUCGGACAGUGACCUGCUUGAACUGUACUCGUUAUAUAAACAGGCUAUUGUUGGGGAUUGUAACACACCGAGGCCGGGCUUGUUAGAAUUUAAAGCAAAAGCCAAAUGGGAUGCUUGGGAUCGCAAGACGGGCAUGGGUCAAGAUACCGCGAAGGAACUGUACAUUCAGAAGAUGGAUGAGGUAAUCGCCGUAAUCGGGAAGAAAUAACUCAUUUGCACAAGAUUUUUUUUGCACCAACGUGUUGUGUGGGCACUAUGUACUCCUUCCACAGAUAUUUUACCGUAUUUUUUUAAGGUGAAAUUUCUUACCAAGUGUGUGUGUGUACUUCACAGAGGUGUACAAUUAUUAUGCAUAUCCGUUUUGCAUACAUGAAACUGCAAUGAUUGCGAAAAACGUUUAAAUGCUUUUUUUUAUACCGAUUCAAAUACGUAUUGAAAACCAGCAAUGCUCAGAGGAAUUGAUGAUUCAGUUAAAUCAACCAGAGAUCUCAUACCAUGACAAUUAAAUUUAUUCUGUUAUCGUGGAUUCAUCGUUUCCAACUACACUGUUGUUGGUUUGAUAUAUAUACACUUUAGGAUACCUUUUUUUAUACUUUUUCACGGCGCAUAAUGACAAAAGUAAUAAAAAAAAACAACCGUUCCUUUUUUCUUCUAUUUUUUUCGCGUCACUUGUUUGUAGUUGCAAAUGAAUUAGGCGAAUCCAUUGCAUGGAUUACAAGCUUUUUCAAUAAAAGAAGAAUAAACAGAAACUUCUUAAAAUAAAACCAGU